CUGAAAAGCAGUUUUAAAGUCUCAAGCAGAUGUGAGAAUGUUCCCUUGCAGGACCAUGUGAAUCUCAACCGUCCCUGCGUUUUCACCCUGCCCACCGUGACAAGGACCUCGUCUUUGGACUCCUACCAGCUCUGCUAUAUAAAACCCCAGCAGUCACUGCAGCUCGCUGAAGUUUACUGACUUCCAGGCGAAACUGUCCCAAACGACGACAACCAAACAUGGCCCCUUUUGAAAAAUCUAUGGAGAUGAUGCCCUUCAAGCAGAGGAAAUGCCUCGCAACGAGAAAAGAUGAAGUGUGCAAUAUUCGGUCUAAAUUCCCCAACAAGUUGCCUGUCAUUGUUGAACGUUACAUCAGGGAGAGGACCCUCCCUCUGCUGGACAAAACAAAAUUUCUGGUUCCUUUUGAGCUCACUUUGGGUCAGUUCCUCUGCCUUCUCAGAAAUAAGAUUGCUUUGGACCAGACCCAGACUGUGUUCCUCCUGGUGGCAGAGAGGAGCAUGUCUUGCAUGUCCUCCAGCAUGGGGGAGAUCUAUUCUCGCUUCAGAGAUGCUGAUGGCUUCCUGUACAUCACCUACGCCUCUCAAGAGGUUUUUGGAGCGCCUCCGUCAGCCGACACGCUCCUUUGAUGAGCCAGAGAGAGAUUUAAAUAAUGAACUGAAACUUUGCUGAUAAUCAAACAGGAGAAAAGGACAAACUGAGCCAAAUGAGAAGCAUUUUUAAAAUUCAGCACUCUUGCUCCAAACUGCACAUCUGCCUACAUAAAUAACCUCCUCUGGGCUUUCAAAGACUUAAUGUCCAACCUCCUCUUUGCUGAGAAUAGAGGACAACAUGCGCCCUGAUGAAGACUCCAAAGUAAGACUUGUACUUAAUAUAGACAAACAUUUUGUUUUAAUUGAAAGAUCUCUAUUUUCAAUUUUUACCCAUUUUCAAAUUGUGUAAAAUGAUGGUUCUUGUGUUUUUGUUGUUGUUGAAAGCUUUAAAAUGCAUGCUCUUGCAUCAAACACACUGCUGCAUGGUCAGCGCAUUAUGAAUUCAUCUCAAGCCAUCUCCACCAGAAGAAACUAUUUUAGCUGGUACCCUACUUGGCACUUAUUUCCUAUUUCUUUUCCUUUUUUAUUUAAAAAAGCUUUUUUCCCCUCAAAGAAUAUGAACCCCUCCCACAGACUCGGUAUUAAACACAGAAGCGUUGUUAGAUGUCGGUUUGUGCUGUUCUAAUGUGUUCUGGGUCCAAAGCACAAAACAAUAUAUCCCUAUUUUAUCCUA